AUGGACAGUAAUAUGUCAUUUCAUCCAGCCAUCAUCCUCAUCCUUCGUUGUCCACAUGUUGACCAGCCCUACCAUGCCAUCGAUAUUUCCCAAUUCGCAUCGGGCCACAUCAGUGGCGUGCUCUCGAAGCUGAAUCCAGGGAUCGAAGCCAUAUCACGAAGGCGAUCCGAUCCCAGGCGAGCACGGACCAUCUCAAGGUUGAUGGCCUCGCUCGAUCGGCCCUUCCAAUCCGUCAAGAACGCGCUCCAUCAGCUCGAAACCAACUUCGGAAGACUCUGCAAGAAGAUUGGCAACCGCCAUGCGACCCCCGAAGACGCUCUCGCUAGAUUGGACCGCUACCACGCUGCCGCCAAGCUCUCGCAGAAAGCCAGCCCGUUGGUCACCCAGGCGAAGCGCCUCGAAGCGCAGAUGGCCGAGCUAGAUCUUCGCCCACCCAACCUGCCCCUGCAACGCACAGACCCUAUAUCCGAGUCGGAAAGGCUCCUGGACUCCGCGCUCGAGACAGCAUCGCUCGAGCGGGUCGGCCCAGCAGCCGGAGAAGAUCCGACUCCACAAACGCUGCCCUCGAUCCGUGCAAUCACGGCCACCCAGCCACACGUCCAGACGAUCGUCUCGGCCCGGAAGAUGGUCGAGGAGCAGAUGUCUAGGACCCUCAGCGCGCGUCUAGCUCGACCGGGCCAUGCUCUCCUCCUCCUUCCAGACCGCCCACAACCUCUCCAUCCUCGAGCGCUCCGUUGGCUCGAUGAUCUUCGAACUCGCCGAGCGCAUCGGCAAGAGGAUCAAGCUCGCCUUCGACCUCAUUUUCUUAGCCAGACAAGCCGGCGCAAAUGGUCUCCCUCUUCCCUCCCCUGUUGUCCGAUCCUUAUAUUGUUCGCACACGAACCCUCCCUCUUCCCUCUCACAGACCCCCACCCAACGUCCAGUUUGGGCUACAGAUCCCGCGCCAGAACCGAGCCCACAGUGGCAACUUUGCCCCAAUGGACGAGUGUUUUAUGGGCCCGGCUCACAGGCUUGAAUCGACAACCUGAGCAUGUGCUGUGUCGAGAGGUCUACACCCUCCAGAAAGUCCUGGAAUGGACGAAGGAUCCGGUCCCCGGCGUCCCGUUCCUCGAGGCCGUCCCCAGCUCUGCAUCGAUGCUCGAAGAACGUCCCAGCACCGUGUUCUGGACUACGCUUAGUGGCGCUACUAAUGUGUAUGAAUUAGGAUCCAACCCGAUUGCGCAAGCCCUGACGGCCAAUUACCCGCGUCUCCUGCGGCCAUUCCAGGAGUCUUUCUCCCGGAUCUCCUUGCACAUCCACACGACAUACAACUUGACCAGCCGAUCGCUAGAGACGAUCCUGGCGCUGCGGGCGGUCUUGCCGCUGGAAACCAUCAUGAUGCCGAGGAUGACGGAGGCGGACAACGGACGGGCGGAGGAGCUGAACGAGCUCGAGCCAGCUAGGUUCUCGACCCCUUCGUUGGUCCGUUCGGCCCCUAGAAAAGCGAAGGAAGUCGUCCACAAUUAUCUUAAACGAGCCGAGAGUAGAGUCGUGUUCCACCAGAAAGAACACCCGGUCGAAUCUGAAGAGACGUUCACUGAAAAUGUUCCUUGA